GACACAUUUACCUAGACCUCAAAUUCCCACCAUCAAUAAGACGAAACCAAAGACUCGACUAAGAACAGCGACCAAACCAAAAGACGUUUUCUGUAUUGUUACACCGCCAGACAGUAGGCAUACAACUUGACUAGCUCAUGGACCGCUGGGAUCCCAUCCAACUCACUCCUUCUCAUCGCCCUGUUCCCGGACCGCAGGAGAUAAUUCAAGCCACGCAAGAUCAAGUUGGACUUUAUGAUGGUCGUAUCAAAGCAGAGGAUUAUCCUAACGGCACUGUCUACUUAACCAACCAUCGCAUUCUAUAUAUUGAUAGCAAAGACCCUGUCAGGAAAUCAAUUGGACUGCCAUUACGCUUCAUUCAUGGUAUACAUCAUUAUGGCGGGUUCAUGUCAUCAUCGCCUAAAAUUACAUUGGAGCUCUACCCGCGACCUUCCAAUGUAGAUUUGCAUGCGUUAUCUAAUCAGGAUGCAAUUUCCGGGGUAUCUGGACUGGAUAAAACGCUUGGCGCUCUAUCCCUGAAAUCUCAGCCCUCAUGGGUAUGCAAAAUAUGCUACCACAGCAAUGAAGGGAGUCUUAUUAAGUGCGCCGUGUGUGGCGUCAAAAAGCCAGCGAGAGACGAAAACACUCAUGUUGUAAAGGCCCCAGUAUCGGAUUCAUUUCUGCUGAAUGCACCCAAGGACCUAAGCAGCCAUCCUCAUAACAAAGCAGGCGGUGGCGAUGAUGCAGCGCCGGGGAUCGCUUGUCCAGCGUGCACAUUCCACAAUGAUCCCUUCAUGAUCCAAUGUGAAAUAUGCCAGACGGAGCUUCAGGACCCACAAUCGAUUGCUUUUAUGUUGGAUCGUCAGGAGCAGCACCAGCGAUCGAUUCGACAGCUCCCCUCGACAAUUGACGUUGGAUCUUCUUCAUCGUCCUCCAUCCCAUCCGCCAUGAAUGGUUCUGCUAGUAAUCUUCCAGCAUCAGACGUGAGUACUGGAAAAGGAUUAGGGGCCGGGAAAUUCCUUACAUCUGUGACCAGUCUCUAUUCAGGAAGUGUAACGAAGUCAUCAGAGGACGCCAAUAGCGUUAAGCUGUCCUUUAGGGGAGGCGGGAGUGGUGCCUUUCAUACUCUUCUAAAAGCAGCCAUGUCAGCAAAAGCUUGGGAGUCAAUACCGAAACAGCAGCCAGAAGACAGGACUAUGGCUUUGGCCUUGAAUUCAAAUGCAGCGCCAACUCCCGUCAUUAAAGUUGGCGGUAUCAGCGGGAUCAUGCGUUCUGUAGAGACGAACCAAAAAGCGACAGAUGAAACGCUUUCGCAGGCAUUUCAGGAUCUUGAGGCGUUGAUAGACAAAGCUGCAGAAAUGGUGACUUUGGCAGAAAACAUAUCGAAGGGACUUGCAAAAUCUAAUACAAUGAAUAAUGAGGAGACUGCAACAUUUAAAGCUUAUUUGCUUAGUAUGGGUAUUGCAGCGCCUGUCACUAAGGAUACUGCUGGUGUUGUUUUCCAUAAGGAGCUUGCACGCGAACUCUUUGAGUUUAUUCUGCCUGUAGUUGAGCGUGAAGGAGGGACCAUGAGUCUUAUGGAUGUCUAUUGUGUCUUCAAUCGUGCUCGAGGCGUUGAGCUCAUUUCACCUAAGGAUCUUCAUACAGCAUGCCAGUUGUUCCCAGAACUAAAUUUGCCUUUACGAUUGAGGAAAUUUGAUAGCGGAUUACUGGUUCUUCAGACAUUAUCUCGAUAUAGCAAUGAUGAGGUUUCAGAGUCGAUUUUAAGUCGUAUCAAGAACUUACCUCCCGGUUCUAGCCUUGAUGCAAUCGAGCUUGCGAGCGCUGUCCAAAUCAGUGUAGUUCUUGCGCAAGAACAGCUUUUGAUGACGGAGGCACGCGGUCUAAUUUGCCGUGAUGAGUCUGUGAAUGGUCUACGUUUCUAUGAUAACUUGCUUGAUAAAUGGGAAAUUUAA